AUGUCGCAACCAGCCUCCACCCCCAACUACAUCCCCGCCGACCAACUGCAACAGGACGUCUCUGACAAAGACAACCACUCCAACUCCUCUCACCACUUCCAACGAGCCCAUCGCAAGAAUGGAGAACUCGAACUCGGUGUUACCGAGAUUCUCGAAGGGCGCACCGAUGUUCAACGCACCGUCGCUCACUCUUCCGGUCUCGCUCACUGGCCCGGUCGUGUUCGUCUCGAACAGGCUAUGCCCAGGCUUAUCCCCGCUUUGAUCGCUGAGUUCUUCGGAACCAUGUUCUAUUGUCUUGCAGGCGAAAUGGCUACUGCUGGCUUCUUCGUCACUACCGCUGCAGGCUCUCCUCAGGGUAACUUGACUAUGAUCGGUUUCGCCUAUGCUUUCGGUAUUACGUUCGCUAUUGUCGUUUGCGCUACUACUUCAGGUGGACAGUUCCACCCUGCUUUUACUAUCGCACAGGUCGUCUUCAAAGGUUUCCCCAUCAAACUUGCCCCGCUCUACAUCGCUGCCCAGCUGGUCGGAGCUAUGGUCGCCUCGCUCAUCGUUAUCGGCUCUUGGCACGAAGAGCUGAUGCAUAUUACCCACUUGCUCCGAGCAACGGGCAAAGGUGCACAGAUCUUUACAGCUGAAGGACCCGCCGGUGUCAUCGCUCUCUUCCCCACUCCCGGUCGUUCGCUCGGUUCGAUCUUUGUCAAUGAAUUCUUCGCAGAUCUCCUCGUAGCCAUGAUCGUGUGGGCUAACCUUGAUGCAGCCAACCCAUUCACCGGUCCUCAAGUCGCACCCUACACGAUCGGAUUGGGUUUCGCAGUGGUCGUUUGGUGUUUCUCGAGCUCCAACGUUGCUGCCAACUCUGCUAGGGAUGUGGGUGCAAGGUUCGUCUGCGGUAUGUUCUGGGGUAAAGAGUGUUUCCCCAGUGGAUACACCGCUCUUGCUGCAUUGACCAACAUUCCAGCAACACUGAUCGGAUGCGGUAUCUACACGUUCUUGCUGAGCGACACCAGGAGGCCUCCUGCGACGGUUGCGCUCAACCACUUGCACGAGGAACACGUUAGGUCGAUCGAGAAGGCCGAAGCUCUGCAUGCCGAGUUGUUGGAUCAGAAGAUCUCGAAGACCUUGAGCAAAGGCGGUGAUGCAUCGGCAUUGCAGAAGAAGAGGACGAACCUUAGCGUUAAGAACUUCUGA